CUUUAACUUAGUGCGGGCGGUGACAUACAAACAACCAUCUUGAUGGUACCUUCGUUCAUUCAUUUACUAUUUUCCAUCUCCUUUGACUUUGUUAAUACUGUCACAGAAAAUGGUGUUUUUGCUGUCUAUGUAUUCUCCGAAGCAAGUUACAGUUUCUGCACAACCACAGUGGUCCGGUCCUUCUUAUAGGCUAUAUAUAAUCAUGGUGCUCGGAACUUGGUUUUCAAAGAGAGAGAGAGAGAGAGAGAGAGAGAUGGACAAGAGGAUAGAAGGAAUCCUUCACAUGGUCGGAGGAGCUGGGGAAACCAGCUACGCCUCCAAUUCAAAGUUUCCGGUAGUGUUGAACACCUCAACUGUUUGCAUGAACUUAAACAACUUACACUUGCGUUGGCCUCAGCAUAUCUGAUCACUGGUUUGCCAACUGCGUCCCAGGAGAAGGUACUUCACAUGGCGAAGCCAAUACUGGAGGAGGCAAUAGGAAGGGUUUACACGUCGCUGCUCCCCGAGAGGAUGGCGGUGGUCGACUUAGGUUGUUCCUCGGGCCCUAACACUUUGGAGGUGGUCUCCGAGGUGCUCGACGUGGUUGGCAAGCUACGGCGGAGCCUGGGACGCCAGGAGAUGCCGGAGAUCCUGUUCUUCUUGAAUGACCUCCCGGGGAAUGACUUCAAUCACGUCUUCCGGUCUCUGGGAGAUUACAAGAGGAAGGUCGAGGAGGAGAAGGGGAAUCUGCUGGUGCCAUACUACGUCGUGGGAGUUCCAGGCUCCUUCUACGGCAGGCUUUUCCCUUGUCAAAGUGUCCACUUCUUCAACGCUUCCUGUUGUCUCAACUGGCUCUCUCAGGUUCCUGAAGGUGAACAGGGAGUUCUACUCAACAAUAAGAACAUCUAUAUUGCGGAGACAAGCCCAAUGGAAGUUGUGAAAGCAUAUCAAGACCAACACGAAAGAGACUUGUCAGAGUUCCUUCGGUGCCGUCAUGCAGAACUAAGCUACGGAGCAAGAAUGGUAUUGUCAUAUCUAGGAAGGAAAGGGAGUUAUCCACCCUCCAGAGACAUGGGAUACCUUUUCGGCUUGUUAGCCGAAGCCCUGAGUGCUUUGGUGUCACAGGUACCAUUCUCUUCUUUUCUUCUUCUUCACGUAGUUGUCAAUAUCCUUCCUAUAUUCAUGUUAUGGUCUACUCUUCUGUAUCUUACAGCAAAGUUGAAUAUGGUAAAACAUAAAAAGGAAUAAAAGAAUUAAAAAUAUUAAACCAAAUGGUUUCAUUUCAGGAGAGAUAUUUAUAGUGGCUUUUCUGCAUAACUUUAGGAAGAAACAAAAAAAAAUAGUAAAAGGAACCAAGAGUAUUUUAAAUCUAUAGUGUUUUGGAUUGAUCUAAGAAUGCAUAUUUAUAUUGACUAAAAGAUAUAGUAUAAGUACUUUUAAAAUAAUCAAAAAAAUCUAUCAUAUGUAAAUAAAUUAUUUCAUCCUAAUCUAUUUAUUUAAAUCUACUUUUAUAUAUAUUUUUAAUCUAAUUCUAACUAUAUGAAUUAAUCUUAACACGAUCUCUUAAUUCAAAUAAUUGUAACUUAAAAUUAUCUUCAGAAUAAUUUGUUUCCUUUCCCAAAGCUUUUACGAAGAUAUCGACAAACUAGUCUUCUUCAACAUUGCAUCCACCAUUUUCGUAUCUUUAACCUUCUUUAGAGUUUUUAAUAGUUCUUUAUCUUUACUUUACUUAGAAAACUUGUUAGAACCACUAUUGU